AUGACAUUGCAGCUGCUCAAAACCAUGGAGACGUACUUUUCAGAAUCCUCACAGAACAUCACAGACCAACCGAGCAACCACACGACGGACUCCACAUUCAAAAUAAACGUCCUCGUCUACUUCGCCCUGGUCAUCGUCACGAUCUCGCCGACCCUCAACCGCCUGCUGCGGCGCGGCGUGUACAGGCACUGGCUAGCCGCGCUGCUCCUCCUGCUCUGGAGCUUUCAGCUAUUCACAUUUCUCCUUUGGGCCGGCAUUCGUCUGUUCUGGUCCGCCAUCGAGGAACCCCCGCAGUCCCUGGCGACGAAAGGGAUCCGGAGCCCGUGGACUGGGAAGGUGAUGUUUCCCGGCCAGCUGGCUCUGAGGGAGGCGCUGUCCGAGCUCAUUCGACAGGGCACGGUCCAGGAGCAUGACAUUAAAGCCAUCCAGUGGCUGCUGGGUCCCUGGGGCCGGAUCGGUCUACAGUUGUUCUGGGUGGCGUUUUGGGAUCUGGCCCUGGAUCUGAUUGAACUGUCCUUCCGGGCGACCAGAGUGCAUGCCCGGCGGUUGCGGCGGUUUCUGCGUAUUCGGCAGCUGCGGGCUGCGCGGGCUGCGCGGGCCGCGCGUGCCUAGAUGGACUUGAAUGAGAGGG